AUCUGACAGGUGUCUGCUCCGGUAGACAAUCUGAUAGGCACUACCUACCUAACAGUCUGUUGGAUUUGUCAUGGGAUUUUAAAUUCGACAGUAUGAUGUAAGUUGCAGCAACUUCGAAUGGCGGUAGACUCAUCCACUCAGGGAUCCACGGACUCCAGCCCAACAUAUGAAAGGGAAUUUAUUGGCCGUGGGCUCCCCAUGUAUUGAGACGGUAGAGGGAGCGGGGAUGUCCGCCUUCGCGGUAAUUAUGUACUCCCUGGCCAACUCCCUCUGGUUCCUGCUCUAUUGGCUGUAUCAGCACCCCUUUAAGACACCCCAGUCACCACAAAACGCACGCAGCAGUGUACGUCGCCGACGCCUGCGGAACCGCCAGGGAUCGCUCUUAGAAGCACUUGGAAUCGUCUACACAGACAAACCCUUCUACUCAUUUAACGACCACUUUCACAGUUUUCAGGAAGUCAGCGAUUCAUGUAAGAAGGCAGGUCUAGAAAAAUGUGGUUUAAUCAUUGGCGUUGAUUACACCGCAUCUAACGAGUGGCAGGGACGAAAGUCGUUCAACGGGCAGUGUCUGCAUAAGAUUGUUCCGGGGCGGGUGUACAAUCCGUACCAAAAAGUGAUCUCAAUCAUAGGUCAAACUUUGGAGCCAUUCGACGAUGACAACAUCAUCCCCGCAUAUGGCUUCGGCGACAGUGUGACGCUGGGCGAUAAGGUGUUUCCUUUGUUCAAUGACGACUGGAUGUGUCGUGGGUUUAAGGAAGUGCUCGAGUGCUACAGUAACAUGGCCUCAAAGUUAAUUCUCAGCGGUCCGACAAACUUCGCCCCGUUAAUUCAUCAGGCAAUAGAUAUCGUUAAAAAGACGGGGACAUAUCACAUCCUGAUUGUGAUAGCAGACGGGCAGGUGAAUGAGGAGGAGCACACCAUAGACGCAAUUAUCCAGGCCUCCAAGUAUCCCCUCAGUAUCGUGGUCGUAGGUGUGGGGGAUGGGCCUUGGGACCUCAUGGAGGAAUUCGACAAUCAUCUUCCGUCUCGUACCUUCGACAACUUUCAGUUUGUAAAUUAUCAUGAGGCUACGUCCAAAUCGAAACAUCCUGAUGCAAAUUUAGCGCUUCAUGUUAUGAUGGAGAUUCCGUUACAAUACAAAACAAUUAAAGCCAUGGGCUACCUCAAAAACAGCAAGUCAUCUGCGACAGACAACAGUGGUAAGAAGACGCAGAGUUCUGGCAUGGAGAAAACUCUGGACUUCAGGAGGGUCAGAAGUGCAACCUCGGACAAAUCUCUGGGCUCUAGUGUAGAAAAAUUACGAGACAUUAAUGGGAGCAAGUCAUUGGAUGCAAACUGGGACAAGUCUCAAGGCACAAAGAGGGACAGGUCGCAAAGUGCAAAUUUAGACAAGUCGCGGGGCUCCGACCGGGAGAGACCCUCGAGCAUGGUUUGUAGUAAAUCACAACUUGAGGUCAGCGAAAAUUCUGUGAAUGUUAGUCAUCAGACGGAUGUAUGACAUUGGCCAUUACUCUGACGUCUCGCGACACAACGAAUUAUAAUUCCAGGAGUCAUUGCAUAUUUCUCAAACAAAAGAGAGAGCGGCCAUGCUUCCUACAGGACUAAAGGGGUACUAUAUAUUUGCAUGUUAGACAUGCUGGAUUAGGUAGGAGCCUCUGCUUCAAAGAGAAAAUCAGAUUAUGCUUCAAACAUCAACAGAUAUUGAAGGAUUGGUCGAGUUUGAUAUUCUUUAAGACUGACUUCGUAUGAUAUGCUUCACAUAUGAAAAACCUAGUUAGAUCCAUGAUAGAAUGCUUCAAACCUAGUUAGAUACAGGAUAGAAUGCUUCAAACCCAGUUAGAUCCAUGAUAGAAUUCUUCAAACCUAGUUA